AUGUAUCCUUCAAGAGGAAAUAACGCGUAUGGGCAGCAACAGCAACAGCAACAGCAACAGCAGCAAUCCUUCUCUGGUCAAUCUGCUUAUGGUCAAAAUUUGGGUCCUGAUAGCGGGGCCUCUCAGAUGUCUAUGGCUUCAAGGCAUUCAGCCAUGUUAAGUGGCCAUCCAUCAUCUACUGGAACUCAUUAUGGUGGUCAAUAUGCUUCCGUGUAUGGUGGUUCAGUGGCAAUCAGCAGUGCCCUAGAGGCAUCUGGUGCUAGUGCUAGUGGAGCAUCUGGUGAUUACUCUGUUCUUAGUCAAAAAUAUGGUCAAAAAGAGAUUCCUGGUUAUUCACCAGGGGAUAGAUCCCGGGCAGGUGUUUAUUCUGCCCGAGAUUUGCAAACUGAGCCUACUGCUCGGUUUAAUGAUUCAGUUGCUUAUGGUCAUCAUCAAAAUCAGGGGGACAUAUACAGUCACUUGGAUGCUGCAUCAUCACUACGGAAGGAAUUGCUACAGACUCAGACACUUCAAUCUUCUUCUAUUGAAGGGAGUUCUAGACAAUCUGAUUAUCUAUCAAGGGCAACUACCAUUCGUCACACAGGUCAAGAACUUUCGUCUUAUACUGGAAGAAUGGAUGACAUGUCACAUCAUGGACAACAACAUGCUCCAUCAAUCCUAGGAGCAGCUCCACCACGAGACAUUGACAAUCAUGUGUAUACUCAUACAUCUGCUUCUGCAACUUCUGGUUAUGGAGUCAGCCUGCCACCUGGCAGGGACUACGGUUCUGCAAAGGGUCUUCAUAGCACACCUCAAGCUGCCAUGGUGGCACGUGGUGGUUAUGCAAGGGUUGAUGACAGGGCACAAGGACAAGGACAAGGACACAGUCGUGAAAUUAACCGAAGAGCUGAAGAUCUUCAUAGGGAUGUUUUAAGAGAUAGAGAAAGAAAGAGGGAACGUGAACGUGUUUUGGAGAGGCGUGAAAAGGAGAGAGAUAGGGAGAAUAAACGUGUUAUUGAAAAAAAGCGAGAGCGGACCCCACCUCGUAUUGAAGCUUCUUCUUCUUUGCAUAGGCGUCGUUCUCCUGCUAAAGAAAAACGAAGAGAUUAUAUUUGCAAGGUUAAUUCAUCCAGUUUAGUAGAUUUUGAAAGAGACUAUUUGUCUAUUGACAAGCGGUAUCCUAGGUUAUUUACUUCUCCAGAAUGUUCCAAGGUGAUUGUUAAUUGGUCAAGGGAGAAUCUUAAAAUUCCUUUGAAUGUUCCUGUCAGUUUUGAGCAUGAUUUUGUUAGAGAUGAUACAGAAACUCAGCAGAAAGAGGCAUCCAUUACAACUAUGGUUGAUGACCCUGUAAAAUCAGAGCACACUCGAUGGAAUGCAAAGAUUGUAUUAAUGAGUGGACUCAGUCAAAAUGCUUUAGAGGAGCUAUCAUCUGAAAGAGAUUAUGAAGAUCGAAUUCCCCAUUUUUGCAACAUGAUUAGGUUUGCUUGUCUUAAAAGUGGGAAUACUUUCAAGGCAAUUGGAGGCUUGUGGGAAACCACAGAUGGCAAUGAUCCUUCAGUUGACAAAUCCAUCCUUGUUCACACUGCUCUCAGGUAUGCCAAAGACCUCACAGGACUUGAUUUGAAAAACUGCCAACAUUGGAAUCCUUUCCUUGAGAUUCAUUAUGACCGAGUUAAAAAAGAUGGAAUAUUUAGCCAUAAGGAGGUCACAGUACUCUAUGUUCCUGAUUUAUCAGAUUGUUUACCUUCAGCAGAUGCAUGGAGGGAUCAAUGGCUUUCACACAAGAAAGCUAUUGCUGAGAGAGAGCAUCAAUAUGCUCUUAAAAGAGAGAUAGCUCGAGGAAAGAAGGAAGGAUUGAAAGAUAAGGAACCUGGGACACCCAAAGAUCUGAAGAAGGAUGCAAAAUUAGAAAAAAAGAAAGUGUCUGAAUCUGAUGAGUCAGCAUCAAAACUUAAAGAAAUGGCAAAAGAUAAAGUCAAAGAACCUGAAAAUGAGGGAGUUCAUAUCAAUGCAGUAGAUAUAGAGAAGAAAAAUUUGGUUGAGACACCUGGCGAAGGGAAUAACUCUGUAGAAAAGAAAACUGGUAGUGGAAAAAAGAAAAUUAUUAGAAAAGUUAUAAAAAAGAAAGUUGUUAAAAAAGAUAAAGCAGGAGACACAACCAAACAAACUGAUACAUUAUUAGAUUCCAAGAAAGCUGGAGAGACUACUACAGAGACAGAGACUGCAGGUCAAAGUCAAAGUCAAGGUCAAGUUCAAGAUUCAACUGAUGUAGGGACACAAUCUGAAGUGACACCUGUAAAAGAGAAAGAGAGUUCUGAAAUCAAGCCAAAGAGUGCAGAUACAGGAAGUCUUACAAGUGUGAAAAAAACUGUAAAAAAGAAAAAAAAAGAUGAAAUUGAAAACAAGGGUGAAAAGAAAGGUAACAAAACGAAGGGUAUUAUUGUCCAGUCUGACAAUAAUGAAAAGCUGGAAACCGAGGAGAAGGAUGAAGAGGUUCCUAGACACCCUGGGUUGUUUCUCCAAACAAAAGAGAGCAAUAAAUUUCGUUCAUCUUCACUUUCACUGGAUUCCCUCAUGGAUUAUGAUGAUAAUGAUAUUGAAGAAUCAACAUUUGAGUUGUCGUUAUUUGCCGAAACAUUUUAUGAAAUGCUUCAGUAUCAAAUGGGUUCAAGGAUUUUAGCAUUUCUCCAGAAGUUGCGUAUCAAAUUUGUGGCUAAAAGAAACCAGAAAAAGAGGCAGUUGGAAGAAAUUUCAGAGAAGGAAAAGUUGAAAACAUCAAAGCGUUUGAAAAGUGAUGAUUCUGAAGUAAAAAUCAAAUCAGUUGAAAAUGAAGUUUUAGAAAAAGUCGAAAAGAAUAUUCCAAAAGUGGAAAACAUGGUUACUGAAAACAUAGAAAACACAAAAUCAGAUGAAGAUCUUGAAGAAGAUGAAGAUAUGACAGAUGCAAGUUCCAAAGAUAACACAAGGAAUGAGAAAACUGACAUAGAUUUGAAGUCCAAAAACAUAGUAAAGAAUGAAGAAGAGGAAGAGGAAAAGGUGGAUUUAAAAAAGAAAGAAAUAAUCGACAAGGAACUUUUACAGGCUUUUAGGUUUUUUGACCGAAAUCGAGUUGGUCACAUUAGGGUUGAAGAUAUGCGGUUGAUCAUACAUAAUUUGGGGAAUUUCUUGUCUCAUAGAGAAGUCAAGGAACUUGUACAAAGUGCAUUGCUAGAAAGCAACACUGGAAGGGACGAUAGAAUUCUGUAUAAUAAGCUGGUGAAAAUGACUGACAUUUGAAGUGAUAGAUUGAUGCUUCUUUUUUGUAUUUUUGUGACAUUUUUGCAUUCUUAUGUAAUUGGUAGACAUGUAACAUAUACCCAAUUGAUAUGCGAAACUUGUUAGUGUUAUUGAUCA